AUGGACUCGGAGGACGAUAUGCUCGAUGCAAAUGAUCUGGAGUCUCUCGACGAUGAGUUCUACAGCGGGGAGACGGGGAUGGGAAGCGAUGACGGAGAUGCAGACUAUGGCUUCGUGGACAACGACUCCGAUGAUUCCGAUGACAUCGUCUCUCACCGGCAGCAGGUGAAGGCCGUCGGCCCUUCCAAUUUUGCUGAUGCUCCUGUCGUCUUGCCGUGGGUAGUUUCUUCUUUAAUGGAAAGUGUCUGCUGGGUUCGUAUGAUCCUGCUUUUGAGUUGAGCUUUGAAGAAAAUUGGCUCUGCAGUCGAAUUAAUUGAACUCCUUUUGGUAAAACAGAAUUUCAAUGGCUUCGCCUUAGUGAGAUGUUACAGGCGAGAACGAUCUUGCUCACCUCAAUAACUAUGAUUUCCUUGUUGCUCAAAAGCCUGACUUGGGCGGCUACGGAUCAAUUAAUCUAGUAGUUCACUCUAAAUGUAUAAUAAUCAACAGAGUUUCUGGGACUGUAGCUGGUUUUCGUGGGAAAUCAAGAACGGCUCUUCUUCUUCCUUUUCGUUUACAUUUGGUCCCCUGGAUAUUGACCCAUAAAUGAUGCCCAUACACUUUAUCAAACAAAAAGGCAACCAGCAUCUGGUAUCGUCCAUGUCCGAUUAUUAAAUGUCCUUGAUGUGCAUACAUAUCUGAGUAGGAUUUUAAAAUAAAACCUCCAUUGUAAAUAAUACAGGUCUCUUAUGGGUACUUGGUCAAGUGGUACAGCUGUAGGCAUACUGAUGUUUGUACCUUCUUGUAAUGAUAAUGGAUAUUGGAUUCGUUAUCAGUUUGUUUUGGUAUGGAUGAAAUAUGGCUGUAUUUUUCUCAUGUGGCUAUAUGCAACAUUUCUACUUGUGGGCAAUCUGUUGGCGAAAUCUCAGUUGUUGUUUUUUAGCAGAACUUCACAGUUUUGAGUGAAGCAGAUAUUCGUCAUCGUCAGGAGGAAGAUAUUAAUAGGAUAUCCCAAGUACUAUCAAUAUCCAGAUGUGAAGCGUGCAUUCUGCUGCGCCAUUAUAAGUGGUAAGUAGUUACCUGCCUGUCAUGGCAUAGUCGUAUGAUCAUACUGGUAUUCUCAGCAUAGAGUUUUGUAAAAUUAUUUGCAUAUAAGACAUGCUUUAUGCACAUCUUCUAACGUAUGCAAUGUCAGCAUUGUGUAUAUAACAUUUUGUUAAAAACCGUUGGUUGAUUUGAGAUUUCAGAUCUGUAGUUUUGAUGAUUUGACUCGAUUUUUAUUUUUAAUUGUACAAUGUUAAGGAAAUUGCCCUUAGGAAUCUGGGAGUCCUUGCUGGCUUGGCAAAGGCUUCAAAAGAAUCAUUUAUGUGCAAUCGAAAAUUUCUUGAAGCUUAUGCAGAAAUGAGUUACUGGAUCUCUUUCUCCUUUGAUGAUCUAAUCAUGAAAUGCGGCCAAUGUUACUUCAUAAGAACACUGGAUGACAUUUGGUUGUUGUAGGUUAUUGUAGUGGACUUUUGGGAUGCGCUGACGGUCUUCUGUCCUUCGUCAUUCUGUCUCAAUUAUUAGGCUCAUAGUUAGUGGCAUAUAGACGUACGAAAUUUAUGUCAGUGUGUCCAUUAUAAAUAUGAUUAAGACUUCAAAGCGUAGCUGAUUGUAAAAGUUCUUCUGAAUAGAAUGUGGAUCAUAUUUUCAGUGGCUGUAGUGUUUUGACUAUAUCUAAAGAGUCUAGAGUCUUUGACAUCUUUUACUCCCUUUUCAGUUUUUCAAUACUCAACUCUGCCAUUAUUUUUUCUUUUUAAGACUUCUCGCCACAGUGCUCCCUUUGAUACAUUCAUUGCUCUUACAGCGUAAAAGAGUUAUUGGAAUUUUUUUCCGUCAUCCAUUAAAUCUAGUAAGCAUGAUUGGAUGUAUAUCCAGACUAAUUUGGGGCGUGUUCAUAAUGGAUCCUUUUUUUUGGGAAUUCAAUGUAAAAGAAUAUGGUUAGUGGGCCAAUGAAAUUCCCACAUUAGAGAGGAUUGACUUAAGCAUCAGACCAAGAAAGAACAUGGAUAUGAAAUAUGUUAUACACUAUAAGAAAGAUAUCCUAUUUGUGCUCAAUGGAUGAAGAAUUCUAACUUCAUUGGACUGCAUAUAUCUGGGAUUACAGAGAAACUUAGGGGAUUCUCAGUUAACAGCUUGCCAGGUUGGGGUUUCGUUGAACGUAGUGAGGAAAUAGUAACCGAGAAUGAUAUCAAGUUCACCAUCAGGGCAUUUUAUCACAGUCGUGGGAUACAGUGAAAUAGACAGGUGGCUAGUGUUUGGAGAAUAUUAUCGUUUUAGGCAUGUAAUUUAUGACAUGUGAGCAUAUGAGAGUAUCCAUCUCGGAUUUUCUGUUCCUGCUUGAUUGUGAUGGCAAAUAUUUUAUGUUCCUGCAUGUUCUUCAUUUGUAAUAAUAAGAGAAUGAAACAAGCAAGUCCCUGCUUUAAUCCAUAGCUGACAGAGAAGGGAUUCUCAAAAUCAGUUCUUCUUUGCAAACCUUUGCUGAAGGAAAUCCACAGAUUCUUGUUUUUUGCCAGAAUUAUGAUGCAGUCAAUUUGACUUUGUUUAGGAUUUCAUUAAAAAGGGUGAAACAUGGUAUUCAAUGUAGGAAGGUAGAAUGAUGUGCAGCCAUUUUUUGUGGGUUUAUAUUUAUUCUGUUUUCCUUAAUGGAAGGAAUGGUAAAAUAGGAUUUUUUCCACAUACCCUGAUUUACUCACUAAAUAGUUCUUGUUGACAAUGGUGACCUCAAUAUUAUUGGCCACUUUAUGACCCCCUUCGAUUAACUCAGUAUGCUUCUUCCUGGCUUAAUGAUAGUUUCAGUUGCCUUCUCUGAUAAUUGUUUGGUUCUUCCUUUGAAGUUAGUAUCUCCACUGACUCACAACCAGUGAUUUCCUCAUUAUAUAUAUCUUCUAAAGUUGUUCGCUAAAGUAAAUUUCAAAGACUUAGUAUCAAAAGAGAAAUGAUAUUAAUGUUUGUUAUUUGUGCUAUCUUUAUUUCGGUAAGUUCUCUUUUAUAUGUUAUCCAUGAUCAUUUUUGUAUCGUUUUCCUUCUGUUAUUCACUGUACAGGAGUAUCAGCAAGGUGCAUGAUUCAUGGUUUGCCGAUGAAGAAAGUGUUCGGACAGCUGUUGGGUUGUUGGAGAAGCAUGUUGAAAUGCCAAACGCGAAGGAAGUAAGUACCCUGCUUUGUAUAUGCAGUCUUUUUUUCCUGCUAAAUUUCAUUUUAAGCCUUGGAGUUGCAACUCUGUUUUAAUCUUGCAAUUAUUUUGACAGUUGACUUGUGGAAUUUGCUUUGAAGUCUAUCCUCGUGAUCGGAUGGCUGCUGCUGUUUGUGGCCAUCCUUUUUGCAUCACGUGCUGGAGAGGUUUGCUUUCUGCGACUACUGUUUUGUAGCAUGCUGUCACACUGUGCUUGUCUAUCAGAAAAAAAUUGCCUUAUUUUUUUGACGUGAUGUGCCGCGUCACCAUUCGUAUUUUUAAUAGACUUGGGAUCAUUUGUUUUUUCGCUGUUGGUGUGUAAUAUGGUUAUAAGAUGUAACUCACUAUAGUCUUAUUUGGUGUGCCUAUGUUAGCUUAGAGCAUUGACCCUGUACCCUUUAUGGUCUUAUUAUACAUCUUGACCAAUAGGCUCAGGGCCACAGCCCAUUUACAUUUUUUUUAUACAAUUGAGUUCAAUACCUACAUCAAUUCUUAUUGUAUCUAUACCCAGCCUAGUGGGUCAUUGGCACAAGUUUACAUUAGGCCUUGUUCUGUGAAUGGGAAUUUGUGCACAGUCUUUUCUGUUGAUUUUUGUAAUAGUUUAUAUCUUUAAAGAAAACUUACUGAUGCAAGGUUUCCAUUUCCAGGCUAUAUUGGAACAUCUAUAUGUGAUGGCCCCGGAUGUUUGAGCCUGCGAUGCCCUGAUCCAUCAUGUGGUGCUGCUGUGGGUCAAGACAUGAUUAAUAUGUUGACGUCUGAGGAGGAUAAAGAGAAGUAUUCACGCUACCUUCUUAGAUCUUAUAUUGAGGAUAAUAGAAAGGUAAAUUAAUGUUCAGACAUGGAAUGUGUUAUCAAGCAUGUUAUUUCUACUUGUUACAAAUAUUGUUGUCUCUAGUUGCCUUUCCUGUCACAUUUAAUUACUAAGAAAAGUUAAUCCUUACUUAUCCUCUUUAGACAUUGCAGUUAGAGUGAGCACACUCACUUACAGUCUAUGACGUCCUGUGUCCUGAUGUUUCUAGAUUUUUUGCUAGUUUGUGGUCUCCUGCUAUCUGUAGGAAGGAUAAUUGUGGAUAUCUUUUGCUGGCAUUGUAACUGAUGUCAUGAUCCGUUGCUUUCUUGUGCUAUUUCUAGAAACUUGAUUUGCUUUCUCUGAUGUUGAAGAGUAUACUGGGGAGAGUGAUUCUUUUUUUCGUGAUGUUUAUACUGUGGGUAACAUUUUCUUUCAAACUUAUGUUGAGAUAGGCAAAUUCUGACAUUUAAGCCACCAUCAAUUAUGCCGAAUCCCCGUUCUUAAUUGAGAUCAAUCCUGGUUUUACAGUGCCUGAACUUGUUUCUUCUAUAACUUACAAAUUCUGUAGCUACUGCAUGCACAUUAGUGCUAACUACAUGAUCAGGAGAUCAUAGACAAUAUUUGAUACGUUUGAAAAUGUCUUAUUAUAUCUGAUGGUUUACCUGCAUAAAUGACAGUGCAGGGGAUUAUCUUCUUCCUUUUAAUUGGCUACUGGAAAAAUGUUUCUGUUGCCUUGAUGACAGCAUUAAAUUAAGGCGUGAUUCGAAAAAAGCCCGCUGUUCACGUAGUUUAGGAACUUCAGAAUUGUGGAUUGAAAUAGUACUCAUCUUUUAUUUCCACUUUAGUCGGAAUAUAAUCAUUAUAUUAUUACUCAGUUUAUCCCCGUAUUACUUUUCCAUUUUAUGCUAUCCUUGUUUUAAAAGUAGGUAUUGUAAGUCUUCACAUUUUAUUUGGUCCUGAGAAACUUGAAAUUAUUUUGUCAUCUUUGGAGUAAUUUUUUCUAUUGUACUAACCUUCUUUCGUUAUAUGUUACUCAGUCUUCUUAAAAAAGAUUGCUGUCAUCUUCAUUAUAUUUCAAGCAAUAUAUAUACCCUCGUUUCGACGAACAUUCAAAAAUACCUUCAUUUAUUCUAUUUAUUGAUUAUUUUCUACUUAGGCAUUCCAUAUCUUUUAUUCCUCAUAUUCUAUCAUCUUCAUGAUAGACAAAAUGGUGUCCUGCUCCUGGCUGUGAGUAUGCCGUAGAGUUUGUUGUGGGGAGUGGAAGCUAUGAUGUUGGAUGCAAUUGCUCCCAUAGCUUUUGCUGGAAUGUGAGUGGCUCCUGACAUUCUGUUUGUGAGUUUGUCCUUUAAAGCAAGUCAUUCUGUCGUAUUUCCAGAAAUAUUUAUUAUAUUUUGUUAAUGAACAUAAGCCUUUAAAAUGUUAUCAGUGUACUGAAGAAGCUCACCGACCAGUAGACUGUGGUACAGUGUCAAGGUGGAUUUUGAAAAACAGUGCUGAAUCAGAAAAUAUGAAUUGGUACGUUUUGAGGUCAAGGUUCUAAUUUCUGCGUGUCCUGAAAUAUAAAUAUCUCUUUUAAAUAAAUAUUCUCGUUGAAUAUGAUCGUCCAAUGGGAAUAUCUUCAUUCUUUUGUAUUCACUUUCCCCAACAUAGUCCUAUUGCAUUUAUUUAAUUAUAUCUUAUUUUAAAGUUUGCUGAAGCUUGUUUACACUGAUAUCGGAUUGAAAAGGGUGUCGACCCUCAAAUUCCCUGAAUAUUUAAUUCUGUAAACUAAACGUAACAAUGCCUCAAAUUUUGAGUUGUUGCUGAUGAUCUGAAAUACUACUGGGAAAUAAGAAAAAAAUCAAUCUGCACGAGGGAGAGUUGGUGGAUUAAACUGAUAUUAUUUAAUGUAGUUGUUUGGGUCGACAUUUUCAGACUUUAUUCUUAGGUACGUUCAAGUUCUCAUUUGAUUUUACUCUCUGAAAAAUAAACAAGAAAAAGGAUUCAAUCUGAUGCUAAUGACCCUAGCUUUGGCAUGGAUAUGUUCCAUAGAGUUAUCAGAGAUGCAUUUUUUUUCAAUUACAAAGAUGCUUAGAUUUAGUGAAUGCAGAAGUUUAACAGAAUUUAUAGUAUUUAGAGGGGGGGAAAGAAACGAGGUCCAUAUGAUUUAAAUAAUUCUCUAUCAGAUAAUAGUCUUCGGCCAUGGAGAACAAUACGAAACGAAGAAAGCAUCUCCCUUUUACGACCCCAAAAUGUCACUCUCUCCCACUUGACCGGGCUCCUUUAAUUAAAGUUUCAUGAUCACCAUCAUGCUUUGAAGACUCAUCAAUCAACAAAAUUUCAGCUUUCGACGUUUUAAAAAAUGAUAUAAGCUUAUAUAGCUUUUUGAAUUACCCCUUGAGCUACUUGAAAGUGAAAAUGAAAUAUUUUAUAAUUAACUUGCUCAUCCUCUUCGUACAAUAUCAUUGUCUUGUCUUGCCUUUGUAAGAACGGCAUAAAAUGAAAAUGUAUCAUUAGCCUUAGGUGUACAGAGUAUUUUUUUUGUGAGACUAACUAUUCAUUAUAUGCCUUGAUGUGUGGUAAUCCUUGUUAUUUCAUCUAGAGAUUGAUGUUUUCUUUUCGUUUUCUGUACAAGUUUCCAUAUUUUAAUGCAAUUUUUUAUUAUGAUUAGCAAUUCCGAGGAGUUUGAUGUUCUUUUGUUGAUAUUACUUUUUCAGGAUAUUAGCUAACUCAAAGCCGUGUCCAAGGUGCAAGCGACCGAUUGAAAAAAACCAGGGCUGCAUGCAUAUUACAUGCACUCCUCCCUGUAAACACGAGUUCUGCUGGUAAAUUCUGAGAUUUUGUUGUCACUUUCAGAAAAAGUAUGGUGGCUAAUUUCAUUGUUUACUUUUCAUUACAGGCUAUGCCUGGGUCCAUGGACUGAUCAUGGUGAAAGGACUGGUGGGUUCUAUGCAUGUAAUCGAUAUGAAACCGCAAAGCAGGAGGGGGCAGUAUGUUGACCUGUUUCUGUUCCUUUAACCAUUAUUUAACCUAAUGGAUUUUGUACAACAGUAAUCAUGUUUCAUACUGUUUGUAUGUUUCAGUAUGAUGAAGCUGAGAGGAGGAGAGAAAUGGCUAAGAACUCUCUAGAGAGAUACACGCAUUAUUACGAGAGAUGGGCAGCCAAUCAAUCAGUAUGCACAAUUUCUGAUUUUCAUUUGCUAUUGUUGUGUUCUCUUUCGUGGGUUUCUCCUCGUUCAGCUUCUUUUGUUGAUUGCUUGGGAUCGACUUCUGACUCGGUCUACUGUGUUUGUUCUGUCUAUUUGUGCUUAUUUUAUUCAUAAGACUAACUGCAUGAUGCAUGGUAUUUGGGUAUGACCUCUUGGCAUCACUCUUUCUGAAUAAGCACAAAUAACUGGGAAAAGCCAUGUACGCCCCCAGCUUUUAUCUUCUAAAACAAAUUUUCAUUACUCACGAGGCUCUUCCUUAGAACAUCUCCAGGAUUCUUAUCUGCGUUUUAGACAGUUUCACCUGGGCACUCAUUUUUUUUCACCUUUUAUCCAUCAGAACAGAGAGUUCAAUUUUUCUUUGAGUAAAAUCAUUCUGAGAACCAUUAACGAGUCUUUUUGAUGAUUACGUGGUUUAUAAAAAUCAUGGCAAGUUACGGAUGGAUAGAACAAGGCUUCUGGUUUGUCAGCUAAAACAUGACACAAUGUCAUGUUUUAGCCUUAUCCAUUUUCUUCCCUUUAAUGCUAUUCCAAAUGUUCAGCUGAAAUAGAAUAAAUCCAUGAGUAUAGUCUCUGUCCCUACUUCCCUAUCACCCAUAGUGAUGUCAUCAUAUAUUUAUAUACUGUAUAUUAUUAUAUUAUUAUUAUUUGGAGGCUUUUAGGAGAGAAAAAGUUGGCGAUGAUUUCACUGUUGGUACCGUUUCUAGUGGCCAGCUACCUUUUACUCCGUCUUUUCUUUCAGCAGUGGUGAAUUUUUGGGCAUGAAAUUUGGUUAACUCACUGCCGCCAUGCCUAAUAUGAAUUAUCUCUUCUUUGUUGAUCCCACUUACGUAAAUUUUGUAACUCACCAUACCUAAUGGGGCUUAAAGGUUCUUUACUUUUAGUGUUAACGAGUUGGUUGGUGAAUCGAUUGACCCCUCUAAUCAUCAUCUCAGAUGAAGACCUAAACCUGAUUAGGUGAAUCUCCUGUUGGGACUUAAUUGAUGAAGACAGAUUAGCCAGUGAAAGCGAUCUUUCAUAUUCAUGCUUUCUAUUAUGACUGGAGCUUUUAGAAUGCACUCUAAUUUUUUCAUCUGCCCUAAAUUUAUACCGGUUUGCUUUUUAUCUUGAAAUAUUGCAGUCAAGGCAAAAGGCGCUUUCUGAUUUACAAACUUUGCAAGCAGUGCAGGUGAGAUAUCACACAUUCUCAUUGAUUAGUUGUAUGCCUUGAUGAGCAUAUUUUUUUGCGACCCUUUUCAGAUGAUGGAUGAUUAUAGGAUUUGAAUCUUUUACAUUGAGUUGUACAUUAUAAUUAGAAAAAGGUAAUGGUUUGAGUGCACAAUCCCAUUCCUCGAAUAUGCAGUGUUUGCCUUUGGAAGUGAGAGUUAUAUUCAGACUCUACCUAGGUGGCCAAAUACUGAGGGGCAUUUGCAGGUGCGCCUGCGAUCCAGAACAGAUAAUGUGAAUCAAAAAUAAAGAUGUGACACUCGGACGUUUCAAAUAUACAUUAUUUCCCAACUUCCUUUCUCGCGGAAUUUUGAUCAUUUAUGGUUUUGAUGUCUAUCCGAUGAUCUUCUUGGGAUUUUCUAAAUCUGUCAGUUGCGUUUCUCUAGAGAGUGUUCUAUAGAAAAACGAUCAUGAUUUUCUAUUUCCUUGUCUCAGCUUGAGAAGAUAAGUGACAAGCAAAGUCAACCCGAGUCUCAGCUCAAGUUCAUCACAGAAGCUUGGUUGCAGGCAAACCCUCCAUCCUAUUUCUUUCUUUUUUGACCGAAAAUGUUUUCUUUUCCUUUUUUGCAUGACUUGGAUUCGUCAUCCUGCAGAUAGUGGAGUGUCGGAGAGUGCUUAAAUGGACAUACGCAUAUGGAUACUACUUGCCGGAGAAUGAGCAUGCCAAGAGGACAUUCUUUGAGUACUUGCAAGGUUGACUUUCGUUUCAAUUCGGGAAGCUGGGAAGCAGCUGCGCAUGCUUGUCUUCUGAAAACCUUGAUUCAUGCUUCAGGUGAGGCUGAGUCUGGCCUAGAACGGCUUCAUCAGUGUGCAGAGAAGGAACUUCAGGUUUUCAUCGAUGCAGAAGGUCCUUCAAAAGAUUUCAAUGACUUCAGGACGAAAUUAGCCGGCCUAACCAGGUAACCAUCUCCAUCAGUUUUCCUCUUUAGCUGGCCCACUCUCUCUCCCCUCACUUUUCUGUCUUUCAGCGUGACUCGCAACUACUUUGAGAACCUCGUCCGCACCCUCGAGAGCGGGCUGCAGGACGUCGGCACGUCCGGCGGUCAGCACGCCGCCACCAGCCGGUCGUCGAGCUCCAAGUGCCCCGCCAGCCGGAGCAAGUCCGGCAAGAGCAGGAGCUCCAGCGCCUGGCCCAAGUAG